AUGGUCCCUCAAUUUUCAACAUCAUGCCAGAUGACUGACAAAUUUCACGCCAUUACACCUCAGUUUUUCUCAGAAUCAGAAAACUUUCGAUGCCACAACAACUACUCCAUGACUCAAUUUGAAGAGAAAGCCCGCGAUCUUAUUAAAAAACAUGAAUAUUUGAUGCUAUCGAAGUCAUGGUGCCCGGACUGUCAUUAUGCUUAUAAAGUUUGGGAUCUGUAUGGUGUAAGAGACAAAAUCCACAUUAUUGAGUUUGACAAGAUCCCUGAUCAGACCGAAGCUAAAUCUUUAGAGGAUGCUUUUGUUGCUUUGGCUGGCAUAAAGUGGGUCCCUACAUUGUUUUUUCACGGAUCCUAUUUUGGAACAGAGAAGGACUUAAAAAGAUGGGAGGCCGAAGGCAAGUUGCAAGAGAUUUUCAAGAAGGAGGGCUUGAUAGAAUGA